AUGUCGCUGGGUUUUUUGACGGAGUCGGCGCUCGUGCCGUCCAAGGCAAAGGAGAUCAAGGUCGAUGCCAAAUCUCUCGUUGACCUUAAAGCAGUUGUCUUCCAAAAGGAUCAGGAGAGAAAACGCCGUUUACAAGAUGCUUUAAUAUCGGAGAACAACGACGAUGUUUCCAAUGGUCCCAAGGCAUUUCGUAUGGGCAAAUAUGCGCAUUUACGAAGUGGUAGUAAGCGCCACAAGCGGUCAGAGGAGGACCGAGUGGGCAAGAAACAUUACAAUCGAGGAGUGGAGGUCCGUAGUCGACGUGACGAAGAGGCGAAGGCCAGAGAAGCUCCAGACGAAGACGAUGACGCAGCGUGGAACAAAAUCUCGGCAGAGAUGCUGCGCAAGAAAGCCAAACUUUACGACGAGUUGUCCAGCGGAAUAGGCAGAAAUCAUGUUAGUGGAGAGUUUCUGGUGGACUUUGAAGCUAAGAGGGAGAUGGGGAGUAGUGGAGUGGUGACGAUGAUGGAGAUUCUGGACGAGUUCGGACGUACGAGAAGUGUCCCAAUGGACAGUGAAGAGUACGCUACAUUUCUUGCGGAUCAACAGGGGUUAUAUAGGGAGAAAAAUGGUGACGAGAAGGGUUCUGAUGAAAGGGGGAAUCGAGGUGAAGAGGUGAAAGUGGAUGGUGGCAGCUUUGUCGUUUCGCAAUGGGAGAAGCGUCUGAAAAGCACAGAGAAAACUCAUUUAAAAGAGGUGCAUGAGCGAGCGACUCUAGUGCAGUCAUUGGCGGACUCUUCGUUAGCAGGUACGGCAGGCAGAAAGACAAGGAAACAACUGCGAUUGGAGCGUCUACGCAAACAACAAGAGGAGGUAGCGACGUCAACCGAAAAUACUGCAUUAGCCAACGCUACAGUCGAUUCUGCAGCGUCCGAGAAAGCCACAGACUUUUUGCAACAGCUUUCAUCUUUGAUGUAG